CGCUCUCCAUUUUAGCAUACUCUGGAUCCUCCUCCAUGGAACUUCAUAUUUCAUCUGGAGAGUUGAUGAUCUUGGAUCAGCUUGCAAAAUAGAAUCCGCGGUUGCAAAUCACUUCAAACAAACAAAUCAAUAAACAUAGUUUUCAGUGCUCAAGUAGCUGAUCGUUUUCCUCAAGAUACUGGUAGAUCUUCUUCACUUUCAACUACCCUUCAAUCCAGGUUUGAGUUAUAUAUGUCUUUGUUUCUGAAAACGAGGUAUUGGGAAGCUUGGUUUUCCGGGGGAUACUGAGAUGGACAGCUUUAAUGGGUAUAAUUCCAGUAAGGCUAUUGAUGCAUCGGUGGGUGGUUUAGUUUGGGUUCGCCGCCGUAACGGGUCGUGGUGGCCUGGCCGGAUUAUGGGUCUUGAGGAGCUGUCCAAGAACUGCUUGGUUUCCCCAAAAUCAGGUACUCCGGUGAAGCUUCUUGGCCGUGAGGAUGCAAGCAUUGACUGGUAUAAUCUUGAAAAGUCUAAAAGAGUGAAGGCAUUUCGAUGUGGGGAGUAUGAUGAAUUUAUUGAGAAAGCCAAGGCUUCUGUGGCCGUUGCAAAUAAGAAAGCAGUAAAAUAUGCUCGAAGGGAAGAUGCAAUUCUUCAAGCACUUGAGCUUGAGAGUGCUCGCCUUGGCAAGGAUCAACUAGCUUUUAGUUGUAGAAUGGAUACUUCUGGCAGCAACCAUGAGAUCUGUGCCAGAAUUUCCACACCCAUAGGUAAUUCAAGUGAAGUGGACUUGACUAACAAUAUGAACGGUUCUGAAGACAGAUCUGAUUCAGUGCCAGAAUUAUCUCAGUCAGGGAUAUCUUUCGAAGAGAACUUUAGUCAUUCAAUGGCUCGAUAUGGUCAGAGUAGGAGAACUCCGAAUGACUCUGAGGAUGAUGGAACAGAGGGUGUAAAUCAAAUGAGAAUGAGAGGGCUUGAGGAUCUUGGUAUAGGUUCAGUGUCAAAAAGAAAAAUUCAGACUGAAGGUAUGGUUGAGCUGGUUCGAGAAGAUACCGAGGUAAACUGUAAUUUAAAUACUCCCAAUUGCUUGGUUAAUGAACAUCCUCCAGAUGAUAACAAAGUCUGUUCAUCCCUAUCUAAAAGAAAGAGGUCUUUGUCCAAUGUUAAUGAACUCUCAAAAAGGAAAAAUCAACACAGACCAGUAACCAAAGUUUUAAAAAGUACAACAAUGGUAUCUGUUCCUGUUGUUUGCUGUGAACUUUCCAAUUUACCCCUCGGGGGAUUGUCAGAUGGAAAGCUUUCCAAACCAGAAUCUAACGAAUCAAAGAAGAGAUCCUCUGCAGAAAUGAACAAUAAUUCAGACAGUACUGUAGUUUCUUGUGAGAAUAUGACCCCUACAAAUGCUCUUGAUGCUUCUCAUUUUACUAUCAAGGUGAAGGAUAAUGAAGUUUCAAGGGUUUCUGAUCGAGCCGAGAAUGAUACUUCUGAUCAAUUAUUUGACGUGCCAUUCACUGAGGACGGAAAAAUUCUUGCAGGCCUUUCCCCUUGCCCCUCUAGAAGGUCUACCUUUGGUGCAUCGGGAAGAAAAUCCGGCCAAAGCAGUCAAGCUAAACCCCUAUGUAUAAGCAAUGAACUAAAUGAAUCUGGUUCUACCAGUUCUGCUGUUGCUGAUCCAGAGAUCAAUAUCAGUAAAACAAUAGAAAAAAGCAGUUCUAAGUGGCAGCUUAAGGGGAAGAGGAAUUCAAGACAUACAAAGAUAACUCGGAAAAAUGACUCGAAUUUUUUGUUACUGACAGACAAUAAGCAAAAAACUUGUAUGGCAGGUAUGGAGCAUCUGGGUGGAUUCAAUAUGGGAUCUGAUCAGAGAGUUUCCAGUAGCAUUGAGGAACGUCCUCCCUCGAACAAUAACUCUUCAGCAGAGCCUGAGAAACUUGCUGAUGGAUCGGAUGAGUUGGAUUCUAAUAAGUGUACAUCUCAAGACAAAGUCCAUACUAUCAUCAGGAAAGCAACCAAGAUGAAGCAGUUGCCUGAUUACGGUUGCGCUGGUCCAAGGUUGCUUCCUUUUCGCCAAUCCCGCCUUAUGGUUCACUCCAAAUAUCUGAGGUCAGAAUCUUCUUUUACAAAACUUAGCUGCAAUGCUUCGCUAUAUGAGGUUGAGCUUGUGGAAAAAACCAACUUUAGGCUGAAACACGUUCAACUGGUUUCUUUAAUGAGCAAAAUAAGUUGCAAGGCAGUCGUUGGUCAUCCGCUCACUGUUGAGGUCUUGGAUAAUGGUCACUGUGAUGACCUGUUGGGAAGACCUGAACUUGAUCCUCAUCGUUUGGAAAGUCCUCAUUCGGUAGAAUCAAAUUCUUCGAAAGGGAAAACAUUGGGCAAGCGCCAUGCCCGCUCAUUUCAUUCACACCCUUCACUCGGCAGAGCGUCAAAGAGAAAGAAAUCUGGACAACUAUCAAAAAAGACCCGGAAACUAUCUUCACUGACUGUUAAGAAGCAGUUUGCAGAAGAGAGUAGACCAGUGGAAGAGAAGUCCAAGGGUUCUCUAAUAGCUUGUGUCCCUCUUAAAGUAGUAUUCAGUACGAUGAACAAAGGCGUGAACGGCUUGGCACAACCGACAUAUCGCCCUUUAACAACGACAGGAAGAAAACUGGGUAGGAGAAUGCUUUUGGCUUUGUAUAUAUGUAUGAUCGCUUGAGGUAUAAAGAAGGCAUUGACCUUAUGAAAGUGGGCUUCUGAUAUUGAUGAUAUGGAGUACAUUCAGGCAUGCAAGCUGCUUAUGCUUUGAGGUGUUUUGUUGCUAUGGUAUUGUGGGGAUAGAC